AUGUUGUAUUUCAGCCAAUUCAUCCGCUCUAGCCCUACACUUGGGACAAGUACCGUACUUGGUACAGACAUUUUACCUUCUGUUGUUCCUUCUAAAGAGAAAGAAUCUACGCCUAGUCCUGAUUCUAGUGACCAAGAUGGGGCCAAUGAGGGCAGUGGUGAUGAGGGUGCCAAUGAUGGAGAUGAAGAUGUAUCAGCGGAGAGCACAGGUACUAGAAGGAGAACAAAUGGGCUUAUUGAGGUCAAGGAUGAGCCCCAGGAAGAUAAUGGGGAGAGGAUUCGUAGGAAAAGAGUACGCAAAGGUGACACUAAACUACCUACUACUUUAGCUUCCUUGAAGAAGGAUGGGUGCGGUCCCUUGGUUGAUCUUGCACACCAGCUACUUCGUAUCAAGAUAGCUUUGGUGAAUGCUUUUCCAGGCCCUUCAGUGGAUGUGCAGGACUCCUUUGCAUGGGACUGCAUCAAAGAAGCGGUCAAGAAUCCAGGCUCUCCCCUAAAGCCAAUGUUUGACGCCAUUUGCCAAGAUCCUGUUUUGAAGAAUAGAGCUCUAACUUAUGUGUGGUCUGGUGCUAGUCAGUUGAGAGGGGAGCUGGUGAAGUCGCUUCAUGGCUUGUUUUCUGCCAAAAAGGAUCCUUUUCUAUGUGGUGAAUUGGAUCUCAAGAACAAGACCUUCAACAAGAAUCUACCAUUUCGUGCAGCACUCUUGCGCCAGCUACUCAUUAGUCAAUUUUUUCAAGGCGCGGUAUCAGAAGGUUUGCUAUAUAAGGAUGAGUUUGAAAAACUCCCUGAUAACCUUCUUGCAUUAAUUGCUACUGCGGCUGAAUGCGCAUUCAAGGGUAUGCUCACUGGCUCCCCAGUAGUCAUAGAAUUCAAAGAGCCAGUCUUUCAACCAAGACACCAGUACUAUAUGCUGAAGCUGGCUGAAUACAGACAGAAAUCUCCCAUGUAUAUGGAGAAACUACGUCAUGAUCUGUGGACAGAGGUUGGGGAGGCAUGUCGCUUUGUGGUGAGAGAGGAUGAGGAAUCUGGGUCAGAAUUAGAUUUUGAUGCCAUGGAGGCGUCUGCUAGAGUACAAACUAAUGCUCCUAGUACUACUUCUGAUGUUGCUAUUGCCUAA